AUGAUAAAACAUGAAAAUGAAAAUAGCAAAACAUUUUCUACUAGUACAUCGAAACAGAUACGUGUUUAUCGUAGAAGAGAACAUGCUAUAUCAAUCUAUACUAUGAUUCGUAAUAAACGAAAUGAAAUAAUCGAUUGGAUUGAAUAUCAUCGAAUGAUUGGUAUUGAACAUUUUUAUUUGUACGAUCAUUUGAGUGAAGAUCAGAUCGAUAUAUUUCUUAAAUAUUAUCUAGAUCAAAAUAUUGUUACUAUUAUCAAAUGGCCUUUUCGACCAAUUGAAAAUCAACAUUGGAAUAUGAUUCAAAGUGCUUCAAUGAAUCAUGCUUUGAAAAAUUUUGGUCCAUUCAAUAAAUGGAUGGGUUAUUUUGAUAUUGAUGAAUAUUUUCAAUUAAAUAGCAUAAAUGAACAACUUAUUCUAUCAAAAACUAAAUCACUCGAUCAAUUACUUGAUCAAUCAUUUCCAGAGACAAAAUUUCCUGGAGGUGUACAGUUUUAUAAUUGUCCAAUAUCAUGUUUUCUAUCACAAAAUGAAAUACUUUCAAGUCGUCAUUUGAAUAUUUUUCAAAAAUGUAAUUCAAUUGUGGAACCUCAAGACUGUUCCACACGGACAAAAUUAUUUAUUCGACCUCAAAAUGUUCCUCUCAUGCAGAAUAUUCACGCUCUUGAACAUGGAAUCGUAUUUUCGGCUCACAAUGGACUUUCGAAUUUUGGUCAAUUUCGACAUUAUCAUUAUGGAAUUGUGGGUGCAAAAGGAGAUCAACGCGCCAAAUUUGACAAUUCUAUGGAUAAAUUUAUUGUAAAUUUAACACAAAGAAUAUCUUUAUUUUAUAGAACACAUUGUUCUGAGCCUAAAAUUCAUUAA